CGACGAUUGAAUGGUCCUUGCUGUUCUGCUGUCUCGUGUGUGUGCACGAUUUUGGCGCAACGACCAACGACAACAACAUGGCGCUGUUGGAAGUGGAUGGUGGGGAUGCAGGGACAUGCUAUGCGCUUGCACAGUGGACGGGCAAGGCGGGCGAGAGCAGCCUCAGCAUUGCAGUCUCCAAUGGCACCAACACCUUCAAUGGCCAAAUGACUAGGCGGGAUAUGCGCGCUUGGAUUAAGACAACGUCGCUGGAACAUGCAGACUACACCAAACACCUCGCCCAAGCCUUCUCAGGCCACAACCAUUUUUACGACUACGUAUUGCAUGAAGCCAAGGAGCUGCGCGUCAAGUUCCAGGCUGCUGACGGCAUCAAGGUUCUGCUGGCCAAGGUGCCGCUGAGGGACAUCACAUCGACUGAGGAGAGCUAUCAGGUGCUGGCUGCCUUUGUGGCGCAGCAUGUUGCUGCGAGGAGAAAAGUCAAGCAGUUGCGAGCGGAUAUCGACAGGCUGAGGGAUGAGACGACGGAGAUGCAUGAACGCGCCCAUCGCGUCAAAGCGCAGCUGGCAAAGCGCACCAAGGAAACAAAGCUGCAGCUCAUCUCAGCCGUCAACAAACGCAAGACGGAGAUCUACAACCUGCACCAUCCAAAGUCCCCGCGGCGGCAGUGGCCAUCGCUGCGGCGGCAGGGAUCCUGGACGCGGAGUCAGGAGCGAGCAUGGCAGGACGGGCACUCGAUCGAGCCGAGCUGGGACGGGCCUGCAUCAGCGUCAAUGUCUCCCGACCGAAUGACCACAGCUACCGGUGUCAGCCAUCGCGGUGGUGAUAGUGGUGGUGAUCAUCGUGGUCACCGUCGCAGUGCAAAGAGGGGCGGUGCCGCACGCUAUCAUGAUGACGACGACAAUUAUGAUGAUGACGAUGAUGGUGACGGUGGCGCUGAUGGUGGCAGGAGUGGUCGUGGUGGUAAUGACGGUUAUGAUGGCGUAUCGAACGACAAGAGUGCAUCAUCAUCAUCAUCAUCAUUGGUGUCGAGGGCGAAUGCAGACACUGAUGGAGACGGCGGUGCUGCUCGCAGCAGCACGCUCCUGCAGCUCGCUUCAAAGCAGUCGUCAACAACGACUGGGCGGCGGCGGCGAAAGAAGCGUGCAGUCAGCUCAACAUCUGCUCGACAGACCACCACCAACGACGAUGACGAUGAGGCCUUGCUGCUGGACCUGUGACCACCUUACCGUAAUCAGUGUGCUUGGGGUAUCAUGUCACUACUGGUGCCAUGGUGCUGGGGUGUCUUGCUGCGCCGCUGUUUCUGCAAGCUUGCUGUAGUGUUGAUGUCGCUCUGGCCCCUGUACAUAUGCUGCUGUACUCUCGUUUUCAUGCACACGCGUUCACCAAGCAGUACACUUCGCGCGCGGCUUCCUUCUUCGCUUGUACUGAUUUGCAUUGUUGCAUUGGUGUGGGCUAUCAACGUAUCAAUGGCAGAAACGAGGAAUUGUCACGGCACGAGCAACCAGCAACCCACGAAUGAAUGAUGAAAACACA